AUGCGUCAAACACAGUUGUCUGAAUUUUUCCGAGUAACCGGCUCGCCGGGGUCGAUUAAACGCGAGAUUAAACGUAAAUACGGACACUUAACCCCUAAAUCAACCAACAAAAUAAAAGUAACACCCAAAAAAACAGACAGUCCUUCAAAAAUGGACAAGAAGCGUUCGUCAGACUUAUCUCUAAGCCAGGUCCAAAAAAAACUCCGUUUGGACGCCGAAGACUCUGAAAAUGAUUCAAUCAACCUAACUCAGCCGUACGUGCCAAUGGAUUUUGAUCUUGAGAAGAUUUACCGCGAGAAGCAUUUUGACAUUGAGUUUGGCUCCGUGGUGAUGUCCAUGUGCCAGGAAGUGAAGCGUUUGAAGCCCUCGGAGAACAAACACGUCCAACAGCUGUUCUCGGCUUUUUGCAACACUCUGUCUAUGCCGAUCAACUGCGCUUACUUCACCGAAGAGGAGCUUAAUGUCCUCAGACUGAUGAUGGGUCUCAGCGACGAUGCGAAGAUUCUGCUGGCCAGGUUGCUCAAAUGGAAGGACAGCUGGCAUAGAGUUAAGAAAAUUUCUGGGAUGAUAGAGAUGUCAGUAGUGCUAGAUCUCCUCUUAGUAGACGAGCUAAAAAGCAUUUGCAAGCGUAUGAAAGUCCCUCACACCACGGGCAAGCCCAAAAUGAUCCUCGAACUCUUAAAAAUCGACGGAAAAAAGAAGUCCAUGUUCGCCGGAAUGAAGACCCCGAGCGCCGCUUUAAAAAAAGUAAUCGAAGAAACAGUAGGCCCUUGCGUGCGCGUCUCAGUCCAGACCUGGAGCUUGAUAAAGCGCCUGUUAACUCUUUUAUACCCUGUCCAGGCCGCAGACGAGUCUCUAACAGACGUUUUCCGGGUUCUCGACGAGGUAUUCUACGAGCAAAGAGUCUACCCUGACCUUCCCGAAGAGCGGUACCCAAUUUUCCGCAACCGCCAGAGCUUGAUCGAUUAUGUAGAAGCCAAAAGCGCCCUGAUAAAAAUCACUGAUGCUACAAUGAAGAAGAAUUGGGACUUAGUCCGCGAUUUAGGCCAGCUUGCGUUUAACAAACUCGAGCCGGCUUUCAAAUCCCAGACAAAACUGGACGUGCCUUCACAUGUAAGGAGAUUCGAUUCGACUUAUAUCUGGGGCAAGGUCGUCUGGUCUAGCGUCGACGCGUUUAAAAAGGAGAAAGUCGAAGGCAUUGUCACGGCAACUAAAUUCCUUAAAGCUCUUAUUGAAAAUAAAAAUAUCAUCCAGGGAAAAAUCGGUCGCUGGUACGGCGAGCUUGCGAUGAUUGAAAUGAGCCAUAAUAAAGAUCUAGAAGCCAGCGUGGCUCUGACCAACAAGGCGCUGACCGAGGAGCGGCUGUCUCCAGUGGAUGUCGCCGAGAUGCUGGACCGAGCCAGGAACGUCUGGCGGGUCAAGAAUGAAGCCUCCACCGAGCUCAUGAGCGUCGAGAUGGUCGCGAUGAAACACUACAAGGCUAAUGGCUACAACUGCGGUGUUCACUGCGAGGGAAAGUUACCUGUUACUUUAUUCGCUGCUCUGCUUUGGGAUGAAAUUUACGGAAUUUCUGUCCCCGGAGCUUUCGUCUGUCCCUACCAGACUGCUCCGCUGGAUUUGUUUGGCUCCCAAUUUUACCCCAACCGCCGCGAAGCUAUUGAUCAAAAGUUCAGCUACUACGAAGAGCUGGAUGCUGAUAGUCUCAGCGAGAUUAUGUAUGAAAAUUUUAUCACUUACCGGGAAUAUUUUUCACUCAUGAGCAAUAACUUGGUUGAAGAUGGCCAGGAUUUUAAGGACAUUGUAAGAUGUCUAGGAGUCAAAGCGGUAGUUGGGAUUUGUAAGUUGAUGGCGAAGAAUUACUGCCAGUGGAGCGCAGGCUUUCCUGAUUUAAUCGUUUGGAACUCCAGGAAGAAAAGGUGCAGGGUUGUUGAAGUCAAGGGACCUGGAGAUUCAUUGUCUGUAAAACAAAAAUUGUGGAUUAAGAAUUUAAUGGAGCUUGGGGUUAAAACUGAAGUUUGUCUUGUCAAGACUAAUUAA